ACCCCCCCAUGUUCCCCGAACCUCUAUCUCUAGCCUAGCAAUACUACCCUGUUAUAUACCUAUCGAUUUGCAGACGGAGAGGUGUGAUUCCCCCGAGUUUGCGGCGUGACGCAUGCAUAUGACCUUCUCGUGACCGUCGUCGAGAAGUCUCCACGGGCCGUUAUGUACGUCCGCUAAUUCUAUAAGUUGAACGGCCAGCACGCCACGUCGUUAUUCGUAAGUCCCUACCAUGAAGAAACUCUGGAUAGCUGCUUGCUAUGCUUGCUGCUUACAUGCUACCGCUGCCUUUCGCCCUGUAGGAUCAACGACGCUCGGUCAAGACCCGCAGACUGUCAACAGGCUGAAUGGCGAAUCUUUUCAACAGGACCCUUUGGUGACGCUCAAUGGCAUGUUGUGGGAUGCCAUACUCGCUAUUCAAUACUCAUCGGAUCUAGGCUAUCAGUACGCGGUCUUCUGGACAGCGGACGCUACAAACGCCUCCAUCAGGCACGCUUCGGUCUCGCGGCGCGACCUGAGAAUGUCAUCUUUAUGGGAGACUUUCACUCUUUCAGAUUAUAACCAGUCAGACGACGAUGGCCACGACGUCAUUUCCCUCGGGAUAUCUCAAGGAGACGGGACUCUCCAUAUUGGCUUCGACCAACACGACAAUGACCUCCGAUACCGUAUAUCCAAGAGCGGUGUCGCAACCAACCCGUCAGUCAUUGAGUGGACUGCGGACAUCUUUGGUCCUACACUGGACUAUCUCCCCGGUCUCGAAUUCCUUGACAAAUCCGUCUACUUCAUAAAUAUCACAUAUCCUAGGUUUUUAAAUAUCCCAAGCAAUGCGCGCCCCUCUGGCUCCGACCUUCUGCUUGAGCUGCGUGUUGGGCGGUCGGGCCUUGGAGACGACUGGCUGUACACUUACACUCCGAACAGAGGCUGGAAUCAAGUUGGUAGGUAUCUCGAGGGCGUGAACAAUAACGCCUACAUUAACGGGCUUGACUUCGACUCCCAUGGCCUACUUCAUACGACCUGGACAUACCGAGACUACGUUAAUGACACUGGUCAAGAUGUCGCCGUCGAAGCAGGUCCCAACGGCCCGGAAAAUAACCAUGAUAUGGACUAUGCGUUCAGUCACGACCUCGGAACGAUAUGGUUAAAUAAUUGGGGGCAGCAGAUAGCCAAUACCACCGCCGAGGAACCAGUCGUGCCCAUAUCCGCCGGAAUUACAAUCUUCAGUAUACCGAAAUAUGGUGGUAUAUUGAACCAAGAGGCACAAACCAUCGACAACGAAGGCAGAAUCCACGUCUUAAAUCGUGAGAACACCACCGGCGUGGAACGGUGGUAUCACUACUGGCGCAGUACCACGGCCGCUUGGAUCCGCACUCCGCUGCCACCGUCCUCCGAGCUGUACAGCGUGAACAACAUCACAGGCACACCAACUGUCAUCGGCAAGCGCGGCAAGCUUGUUGUGCCCCCGUCCGGCCCUUCAUCUGGCAUGCUCUUUGCGAUCCUGCCCUCAAAUGCGCCCAAUUCGAGUGCUCUGAGCGUCCUUGCGAGCACCGCCGCAGGGCACUUCCGCGACUGGCUUGUCUUGUGGGAAGUACCGAGCGGGUGUGUCGCCGAGCCGCUCUUCGAUAGGACUAGGCUCCGGGAGGACGGGGUGCUGAGUCUGUACUUAGUGAAUGGGACGGAGGUGCAGGUUGCGGACUUCGAGUUCUGAAUGUGUGCUACCAGAGGGCGAAUAUAUACUCAAUUUUCUAUAGAUAAUCUUCGAGCCAUUUUGGCUACGGGUUCCAAUUUUUGAGUGUGCCCAAAUCAGCAUGCACAUGAUUGGCACAAAUAUACGCUACUCAAAAUCCAAUGCACCGAUCAUUGCAAAAGUCUAUCUGU